UUAUUCCAUUUUUUUUAAUGAAAGUAUCUUCUUAAACACACAAAAUAUUUUGUGGCGUUGCAAUUAUAUAGACACACAAUAUCUGCUUCUUCAUACUGACGUUAUUGUGUUCCUUCUCGUCCAUCUCAAAUAUUGACUACCAGUUUUUUUUCAUGGCUGAUGAAUUCUCCCAAAAGACGGUAGUACUAUAUUGUAAAAUCUGUUAUUUCUAAAAAUUAUAUAAUAUUUAUUUCAUAUUUUAAAUUUUCUUAUGUCUGUACAGGAUGCGGGCCGGUCAUCUAGUUUUAGAUUAUGGUCACAUCAUGAUAUAAUUUAUUUUUAAUAAAAAUAGAUCGUUUUCUAGCUUGAUGGACCGUUGUCUAAGUUACGGCCUCUGAGUCCACGAAAGAAAAGAAGAAAAAAAAAACUAUCAUAUGGCCAUCCUAGACUUUUUGAGGAGGAUGAUCCAUCAUCUAAUCUAGAAGGGCUUGACUUUCAACUUUCAAGAGUCCCAAUCCCUUAACCUUCCUGAUAUCCCGUGACGAUCUGCCAAUCAUAUUAAAUCCCGUCUGACAGCAACAACCUUUUUCCUAUUAAAUACUACUAAACUUAACCACUCUGAAAUUACAACGUGACAUUCAAAUUAAAGCCAACAAUCUUUUUAAAGAUGUUCAGACCUAAACUUUAUCACACUUAAAAAUAAAAUCAAAACCCUUCUCAUAUAUAUUCAAGUAUAUACCACUACAGAUUCCCAUGAACGGGUCAAGCAAGAUACAUAUAUCUCUCUCUUUUUGUAACUACCAACGAGUUGUUUCCGAACAUAACUCACUUACGGAUCUUGUCUCUCUCGUUCUUGCAACAUCGCUAUGUUAGAUCCUUCAGCUAAAACCUACAGUCACCACUUGUGUUUCCCAAGUAUUCCCAAUGAUCACUCAGACUCCGGCGUCUGUUCUCCCACUCUGUGGAGUACAAGUCCACCGAGGAGUCCUCAUCACCGUCCCGAAGAUUACUCGAGCCUUUCUCCGGAUUCAAAGGCUCAGGCUAUUGCUCGUGGACAACGGGAGCUUAUGGAGAUGGUUAGUAAGAUGCCCGAGUCGUGUUACGAGCUUUCCUUGAAGGAUCUUGUCGAAGCAAGGGGGAGCGAAGAGAAUGACAUGAGGAAGAUCUUCGAUGAGUUGCCUCAGAGAACAAGUAAGGUUGUGAGGAAGACGAAGAGUGGUAAGCGAGUUGAUCCGAGUCGAAACAGUGGUGGAAACAAUAGUGGGUUUCUUCUCAAAAUGAUGUUUCCGUUUAGUUUUGGAUCUAAGAAAGAGACGAGCAAGAAGAAGAAGAAGAGAAAUGGGAAGGAUUCUGUUAAAGAUUCUCAGGUUUCACCUAGACCUUCGAUCUCGGAUGAGUCUGUGAAAACAGAGGAUAGAGAUUGGUGGAAUAGAUUGUCUGAGUCUAGUGGAAGUGGGAGCACAAAGAGGAGCGGUAGUAGCAAUAGUAACAGCAGUAACAUCAUAAGGGAUAAAAAGAGUAGCUGCUUGUUGUCUUUCCUCUGGUGUGUACGUUCACGAGACUAAGAGACAAGUUUUCCCUCGGGUGACCCUUCUUGGCUAAAAUAAAUCUUCCAAGAACAGAGGAGAUGAUACCAGAGAGAAUGAAAACCUUUGAAUGUGCGACUAUAAGAAGAUAAAACUUUUUCUGAUGACACCCCUAAAUUUUGCUUUGUUUUUGUAAGCCUGUCUAUGGUUUUGGAUACGGUUUUAUUUGUGUAAUUAGAGUUUAAUGCGAUCUGAUUAGUCUCUCAAUUAUGGAAUUUUGAAUCCUCCAUGUACAGUAUAUGUAGCUUAACUUUUUCUCGUAUGGUCUACCACUUGAUUAUUCUUCCU